AUGAACUCCAAAUCCCUCCGCCGCCUCGCCGCAGACCACGGCUCCCUCCACACCGCCGGCCUUCCCCCAAACUAUCUCUUCCCACCAGGCUCCGACGACUCGUCAGACCUAACGACGCUCGACGUCCUGCUCGCCGGUCCUGUCGGCACACCGUAUGCAGGCGGCGUAUGGCGCUUACACCUCGACAUCCCACCCACGUACCCCACCGCACCGCCCACAGCGCAGUUCCGCACGCGGUUAUGGCAUCCGAAUAUUGAUGAGGCGACGGGUAGUGUGUGUGUCGAGACGCUGAAGCGGGACUGGAGUAGUAGUCUCAAGUUGAGGGAUGUCCUGGUAACGAUAUCUUGUUUGUUGAUUCAGCCGAAUCCGGCGAGUGCGCUGAACGAAGCAGCAGGCAAACUGGCGACGGAGGACUGGGAGGGGUAUUGUAGGCGCGCGAGGCUUAUGACGGAUAUCCAUGCGAGUGUGCCGAGGGAGAUUGAGGGGAGCGUUAGGGAGGCGCAGAUGCGAGGCGAAGACAAAACCACAGAACCAGACCAACCCAUCGCGAAACAACACUCGAAAGGGAAGGAGACAGAGCGGGUUAAAGUUACGCCGUCAGGACCUAAACUCACGCGCAUGAAGAGUGAGGAUGAGGAGAAUAGGAGGGGGAGAGGUGUAACUCAAGAUGCGGAGAGUGGGACUGAGGACGAUGCCGUGACGGGGCAGAGGGGUGGGGUGAGGAGGAGUAAGGUGCCUGAGUCAAGGAGACAGGGUAAUAUCUUUGGGAUUAAGGGCUUGGGCGAUGGAAUGCAACUCGAUUCACCACCGCCGAAACGCAUCUUCGCUGUGCCGGGUGCGCAUACUCCGCCUGUUUCUACUCCGAACGAGAAAGAGAAAGGGGAUGGGGAGGGAGAGGAUAAGGAUCCGUUUACGACUGUGACUUCGAAACGGAAUCAACACCCUGAUCCUUCUGCGAUGGGUGGGACGGUAGCAGCAACACAACCCGACACCGAGACGCCCGAUCUCCUCAAAUUCUCAACUCAAACCCCUUUCGCUGCUAUACAGCCCAACAACCAAACUCACCCUCUCUUCAGAGAGUUUUCGUUUAGUUGGGAAGAUGCUAUGGUCUUACACGAAGGUGGUGUGGCUGGUUCGGUUGGGAAGAGUGGUGAGAGUGGUGGUAGAAGUGUGGGUGGGAUGAGUAAAGCGGAUGUGCGCAAGAGACACGCGACAGAAGAGUUUGAGAAGAAGGAAAGGUGGGAGAUGAAGAGGUUUAAGAGGGCGGGGGGUGAUUUGAGGAGGUUUAAUCGGGGGGAUUGGGGGGUUAGGAUGGGGGUUGGACGGCUUUGA